AUGACGGAGAAGGAAUUGGAUUUGUCCGGCGAAAAGCUAUCCGUCAGCGACUUCAGUCUCGGGAAAACGCUGGGAACUGGAGCUUUUGGACGGGUCAGGUUUGUGACGCAUAAGAGCAGUGGAAGACACUAUGCCUUGAAGACGCUGAAAAAAGCCGCUAUCAUCAAGAUGAAGCAGGUGGACCACAUCAUGAGCGAGAAGCAGAUCCUGGCCAAGCUCCAGCAUCCUUUCAUCGUGAACAUGUUUGGCUCGUUCCACGAUCCUCGCUACAUCUACAUGGUCCUGGAGUAUAUCGUUGGAGGUGAGUUCUUCACCCACCUUCGAAAGGCUGGGCGUUUUGACAACGAGCAGUCGCUUUUCUACGCAGCACAGAUUACAUGCAUCUUUGAGUAUUGCCACGAGCUGAACAUCGUUUACCGCGAUCUGAAGCCAGAGAACAUUCUGAUCAAUGCGGACGGAUAUGUGAAGCUUACGGACUUCGGCUUUGCCAAAGUUAUCGAGCAUCGCACAUACACCCUCUGCGGAACGCCAGAGUACAUUGCACCGGAAGUCCUGCUCAACAAGGGGCAUGGCAAGCCCGUGGACUGGUGGACACUAGGCAUCCUGAUCUAUGAGAUGAUUGUCGGCUAUCCUCCUUUCGUGGAUGAGGAUCCGAUGGGCAUCUACCAGAAGAUCCUGGCUGGCAAGAUUACCUUUCCCAAGAUUUUCCACAAGGAGGCGAAAAGCUUGGUAAAGAAGCUGCUCACACCCGACCUAGGCAAGCGCUUCGGCAACUUGAAGAACGGCGCAGCGGACAUCAAAGAGCACAAGUGGUUCAAGGACCUCAGCUGGGAUGACCUGCUGGCGAAGAAGAUUGAGGCACCUUUCAAGCCUGCUGUGAAGGGCGCCACAGACACAAGCAACUUCGACGACUAUCCGGAUUCGGACCAAGAGCCUCCUGCAGUCAAUGCGUCUCAAGAUCCAUUCACCAACUGGUGA